CUGGACCGCGCCAGCAGCAAAUCGGAUCUCUAUGGAGGUGGCAUAGGCGGUGUCCCCGAGCUAACAGCAUCACCCUGUUCCCGCAUCCUUCUUUCCUCUGUUUUUAACUCCCUCCCCUUCCCUCCUCUCUUCCAGUCCGCGACGACUGGCUCUUGAUCUCGUUCAGAACUCGGUGAAGGUGAGGAGCAGAGUCGCCACCGCGGCUAAGCGGUUCGCUCUGAAAUGGCCGCUGCCUUAAGCUGUCUAAAAUGGCGGUCAGAGGCUCAGCUGGGGUCCGCGGCGCUGCUGUGCAGCCCAGCCGCGGCUAAGACCGUUGUCUCUGCAUGGCUGGUGGAGAUGAAGUAGAAGGAAGGUGCUAAGAUGACUUCAAGUCGUUAGCAGAGAUGACAGCCUGGGGCGCGACCAGAGUCCGGAGGCGAGGGUGGGAUGCGACAGGAAGUGAGCCCGGGACGUGGCGGUGUGCGGGCAGCGCGCACCUGUGACAGGUUGGAGCUCAGGGGUGGCUGGCGCGGGUCGCGCAUGCAGGGUAUGGUGCAGAGCUGGAGCCGCCCGAGGAUGAAGGUGAAAGGAUCGUGUUACCUGUCAGGCUUUUGGUUACUUCCCUUCCUACCCCAUCCCUUAAUUUUAGUCUUUUGGAGAGUCUACAUUUCAAGAUGCUAAGGUGGAAAGUGUGAAUGCAGAAGGGAAUACUCCCCAUUUCAGGUAUUCUACUCUAGUUACUAAUAGAAAAACCAUUUGAUUCAGGACCUAACAAUGAGAAUAUGAAACUGAUUCUGUAACCAGAUUAUGAAGUUUAAAUCAAAAGUAGCAAUAUUUGUAUAGGCACAAUUUGUAUGCCUUAACUUACAAAAUUUAAUUUAAAUCAUAACUUAAAUAAAUAGUAUGCAUUGGAGUUUAAGUUUGCAUUAUUCUUUUAAUUGUGCUUUUUACUACAUGAGGGGGAAAAACCUAUUAAAGUGAGAGUUUAUAUUUUCUUUAGGUCCUGGUUAAAUUUUCACCUAUAACAUAAUGGAAUGCAGAGUAAUCACUAAAAAUAUAUAUUACGUGAGUCUUAAUUUGAGUUAGUAAAUGUGUGUGUAAUUUUUAAGUCCAAGGAAAUAGUAUGUAAACUUUGAUCUGUAGUUCAUCCUUCAUUGUUAACACAUAAUACUUAGUACAUCUAAUGGCAGUAGUCAUCAGUAAGCUAAAAUAAAUUUCAUAUACUAUGCACCAUGAGAUGGGGUUGAUAAGUUAAUGGCCCAUGCAGUCUGUUUUGGUACAUACAGUUUUAUUUUUCCAUACCUUUCCUUUUACCUCUAGUUUAUGGCUGCUGUCGUACUACAACUAGAGUUUAGUAGUUGCAACAGAGACCAUAUGGCUCACAAAGACAAAAAUUUUACUUUCAACCCCUACCAUGGACCAUAUUCCUAAAGAUCCCUUCAUUAGAAAUAUGCUUAUCAAGUCUUCAUUUUUCUUAGCCCAAUGGUUCCCAGAUUUUUUUACAUACAAUAUUCUUGAACUUAGUGUUUUGAGAAAAGGAUUGAUGUGACAAGUUUUUUUAGCUUAUUUUUGUAUAAGUUUAUUUAAAUAUAAAUCUAAGACUACUAAACUCAUUUCUAUAGCUUUUAUUUUUAUGUGAUAAUCUACCUUUAAGAAAGGUGUGCCAUGCCUGAGAGCACCAGGAAGUCGCAUGAGAGAUCACCUGAUAAGCGAGCGUGUGAUGUUCCAUCUUCGCAUUGAUGCAUAGGCAGCACUUACAAAUUAACUGAUGUGGUACUAUUUAUCAUCUCUCGUCUUACAGUUUCAACGUAUUUGUGAUACUCAAUGUUUAUUCUAAAUUAACCAUGUUUUGUACCACAAACUCGUUGCCCAUGGAUCUUUUGCUAAAACAAGGAAGUCUUAAGCAAGAAGUAGAAUCUUUUUGUUACCAAAUUGUAUCUGAAUCAAAUAAUCAAAAGGUUGGAAUAUUACAAAAUGAAGAUGAACAGUUGCAACCUUCAGUUUCUAAAAAAUCAGAAGGUGAGCUUUCCAGGGUCAAAUUUAUGUCCAAUUCCAACAAAAUAACAUUUAGUAAGAAACCAAAAAGGAGAAAAUAUGAUGAAAGUUACUUGUCUUUGGGAUUUACUUACUUUGGAAACAGAGAUGCACCUCAUGCUCAGUGUGUAUUAUGUAAGAAAAUUUUAUCAAAUAGCUCUUUAGCCCCUAGUAAGCUUCGAAGACAUUUAGAAACUAAACAUGCUGCGUAUAAAGACAAAGACAUAAGCUUUUUCAAACAGCAUCUUGACUCACCUGAAAAUAAUAAACCCCCAGCACCCAAAAUUGUCAAUACAGAUAAUGAAAGUGCUACAGAGGCAUCAUACAAUGUGAGUUACCAUAUAGCCCUGAGUGGAGAGGCUCAUACUAUUGGAGAAUUGCUUAUCAAACCUUGUGCAAAAGAUGUAGUGAUGCGAAUGUUUGACGAACAAUACAGUAAAAAAAUAGAUGCCGUACAACUGUCAAAUAGUACUGUUGCACGUCGAAUUAAAGAUCUAGCUGCUGACAUUGAAGAAGAACUUGUUUGUAGACUGAAAAUUUGUGAUGGGUUUUCACUGCAACUAGAUGAAUCAGCUGAUGUUUCAGGACUUGCUGUGCUGCUUGUAUUUAUUCGUUACAGGUUUAAUAAGUCUAUUGAGGAAGACCUACUCUUAUGUGAAUCUUUGCAAAGUAAUGCUACUGGUGAAGAAAUAUUCAAUUGCAUCAACAGUUUUAUGCAGAAACAUGAAAUUGAAUGGGAAAAAUGUGUUGAUGUUUGUAGUGAUGCUUCUAGGGCAGUGGAUGGGAAAAUUGCUGAGGCUGUCACCUUGAUAAAAUAUGUGGCUCCCGAAAGCACCACUAGUCACUGCUUGUUAUAUCGACAUGCACUAGCAAUAAAAGUAAUGCCUACAUCUCUAAAAAAUGUGCUAGAUCAAGCAGUCCAAAUCAUCAAUUAUAUUAAAGCUCGACCACAUCAAUCCCGACUACUGAAAAUUUUAUGUGAAGAAAUGGGUGCUCAGCACACGGCACUUCUUCUGAAUACAGAGGUAAGGUGGCUUUCCCGAGGUAAAGUUCUUGUAAGACUUUUUGAGCUUCGGCGUGAACUACUGGUUUUCAUGGAUUCUGCUUUUCGGCUGUCUGAUUGUUUAACAAAUUCAUCUUGGCUGCUAAGACUUGCAUAUCUUGCUGAUAUUUUUACUAAAUUAAAUGAGGUUAAUCUGUCAAUGCAAGGAAAAAAUGUUACAGUAUUUACAGUUUUUGAUAAAAUGUCAUCGUUGUUAAGAAAAUUGGAAUUUUGGGCCUCAUCUGUAGAAGAAGAAAACUUUGAUUGUUUUCCUACACUCAGUGACUUUUUGACUGAAAUUAAUUCUACUGUUGAUAAAGAUACUUGCAGUGCCAUUGUGCAACACCUAAGGGGUUUGCGUUCAACUCUUCUAAAAUAUUUUCCUGUGGCAAGUGACAAUAAUGCUUGGGUUAGAAAUCCAUUUACAGUAACUGUUAAACCAGCCUCAUUACUAGCACGGGACUAUGAGAGCCUGAUUGAUCUAACAUCUGAUUCUCAAGUGAAACAAAAUUUCAGUGAACUUUCAUUAAAUGAUUUUUGGAGUGGUCUAAUUCAAGAAUACCCAAGUAUUGCAAGACGUGCAGUUCGUGUACUUCUUCCUUUUGCUACAAUGCAUCUGUGUGAGACGGGGUUUUCAUAUUAUGCUGCAACCAAAACAAAAUAUAGGAAGAGACUUGAUGCUGCACCUCAUAUGCGGAUCCGACUUAGCAACAUUACACCUAAUAUUAAACGAAUAUGUGAUAAAAAGACACAAAAACACUGUUCUCAUUAAAACUGGAGGGUUUUGCAUGUCUCUUGAUAACCAAAUGUAAGAUGAAAAUAAAAGAUGAUUUACUUCA